ACCUAAACUGUCCUUUUCCCCGUCGCCUUACACCAAGGGUAGGGGGUGUGCAUAGGAGGAAAUUAACCUAUGCUUAAAACUUUUUUUUAUUAAAACUUCAUACUUACACUUUUUUUGAGUUUUGUAACUUUUUACACUCGCUUUUUAAGAGCGCGUGAAGAUUUUUUUUUUAAUUCAAGUGAUUAAAAGCAACUAUUCAAGAUGAUUGACACAGUAACAGGAGCACCGACCUUUGCGGUUCAAGUAAAGGCCCUGAUGGAUCUGGAGGGCCGAUACCAACCGAAGCUCACCGGCUUGAGGGUCAUCGAGACCGCCCAGGACAACGGCCUCAGGAUGACCACCAGACUGAGGGAGCUGGAGGUGAAGGACCUGCUCUACCUCUGCAGGUUCUUCGGGUUUAGCUCGGAGACGUUCUCGCUGGCCGUCAGCUUGCUGGAUCGAUUCCUCUCCGUGAUGAAGAUUCAACCGAAGCACCUCCCGUGCGUUGGCCUGUGCUGCUUCUACAUCGCCGUGAAGUCCGCCGAAGACGAGAGGAGCGUGCCUCUGGCCUGCGACCUAAUCCGCAUCAGUCAGAACCGCUUUACGGUGUCUGACAUGAUGAGGAUGGAGAAGAUCAUCAUGGAAAAGCUCUACUGGAAGGUGAAGGCCCCCACGGCCCUGCACUUCCUGCGCCUGUUUCACGGCCACGUCCAGGAGCAGCUCGACGCCGAGAGCAGGGAGAUCCUGAGCAUUGAGAGACUGGAGGCGCAGCUCAAAGCCUGUCACUGCUCGUUCAUCUUCACCAAAAUCAAGCCAUCUCUUCUGGCUCUGGCUCUGCUGUGUUUUGAGGCCCGGGAGGAACACGACCCUGAGCACACGAACCCAAUCUCUGAGGCCCUGAAAGAUCUGCAGCAGCUGCUGAAUGCGAGAGACGGGGACCUGCUGUGCGUCAGAGAGAUGGUGGGGAAGUGCCUGGCCGAAUACGCCAACACCAAGUGCUCCAGACCCAACAGCCAGAGGCUCCGCUGGACCAUCUCAGGAAGAACGGCGCGGCAGCUGAAGCACAGCUACUACAAGAUCACCCACCUGCCCACCAUACCAGAGUCGGGCUGCUGAAGUGAUCCGGCGAGGCGUAGGAUGACCCGGCACGCAGGGAGAGAUUCUUGCCGAUGGGUCGUCCGCUUAUUUUCCUUACAGAUCCUCAUUAUUGAUGAUGAGCUUCUUUAAGGAAAAGCUUAAACGAAACUAUUAGGAAACAAUUUUUUUUUUUUUUUUUU